UCUAAGAGAUGAGAAGACACGUUUUGGCAAGACCAUCGCCAAAUCUUCUUUUUUUCUUUUAGUGUAAUAUUUAUUAUCUCAAUUUUAUCCCGAGUAGAUCAACUUUUACCCUUUAAAAUUUCUUUCACAGUUGGCGAAACCAACGCACAGUGUAAAGUUACGCGAUUCCAAUUUACCAACCAGUUCCAAUAUUACCGGAAGUUUAUAGCUAUUUUCUUCCAAGUCUCGACAGCAUCCCAGUUUGUACGAAGGAUUAAGGACAAUUCCCGACCGUGAGUAAUAAUAUAAAGUCUACAAACUGUAUUUUUUAAGUCCUAAAGGCAAAUAAUAACCUCCUCCCACUCUGCGGUGUUUACUCGCUAUUUGUUUCAUAUUUAAAUAUACUUCCGUUUAGCCGGUUGAGGGCUUUAUAAGUCACAAUGAGUUCCAACGGUGAAGCAUACGAGGACUGUUACUAUCAAGACGAGAUAGUCGAACAGAAGCGCGAACUCGACGAGGACGAAGAAAUGCCGCUCGCUGAGAAAGACUUGGCUGAUGAUGCCCCAUGGAAGAAAAUCCAACAGAAUACAUUUACAAGAUGGUGUAAUGAGCAUUUAAAAGUUGCAAAUAAACAUAUCGGAGGUUUGGAGACCGAUUUAUGCGAUGGCCUACGGUUAAUUUCACUGGUGGAAGUGCUAUCACAGAAGCGAGUGGGCCGCUUCAACAAACGCCCUACGUUCCGCUCAAUGAAGCUAGAAAAUGUGUCCGUUGUCAUGUCAUUUCUGGAAUCGAAGGAGAACAUCAAAAUCGUUAAUAUUGACAGCUCAGAUAUCGUGGAUGGUCGCUUGAAACUAAUCCUAGGUCUAAUAUGGACACUGAUUUUGCAUUACUCGAUCAGCAUGCCGAUGUGGGAUGAAGAGGGUGAAGGAGCGGUAGAUGGACAGAAAAAGAAGAAGGAAACACCAAAAGAGAAACUUCUAGGCUGGAUCCAAAGCAAAGUACCAGAUCUUCCAAUCAAGAAUUUCAACAAAGAUUGGAACGAUGGCCGAGCUGUUGGUGCUCUAGUUGAUUCCUGUGCCCCAGGUUUGUGUCCUGAUUGGGAAGAUUGGGAUCCAGCAAACAAACUUGACAAUGCCAGAGAGGCCAUGCAGCUUGCUGAUGAUUGGCUGAAUGUACCACAGUUGUUGGCACCAGAGGAUAUGGUGAACCCAAGGGUCGAUGACCUUAGUAUGAUGACAUAUCUGUCUGAGUUCCCCAAAGCCAAGUUGAAGCCAGGUGCUCCUCUGAGACCAAGAUCAAACUCCAAAAAGGUACGUGCCUAUGGCCCAGGUAUUGAGAAGGAGGGAAAUGCCAUCACCAGACCCACCCACUUCACUGUGGAGACCUAUGCAGCCGGUAGCGGUACAGUCACCGUCACGAUCAUCAAUCCAAAUGGAGAAAUUGAACCGCAUGAAAUUAAAUACAAUAAAGACAAAAACAAGAGCUAUACCGUAGAAUACACUCCAAGAAGUGUAGGAACCUACACGGUAAAAGUGGCUUUCAACAACACUGCCAUUCCAAAAUCUCCUUUCACGGUGGUAGUAGGUAAAUUAUUGACAGACCCAAGCAAAUGUUCCGCAGAAGGCCCUGGCCUGCAGCCCACAGGUGUGAUGCUAGACCAGUCCACCUACUUCGAAGUUUUUACAGCUGGUGCUGGCCUCGGAGAAUUAUCCGUUACAGUGAAAGAUCCAAAUGGAGACCCUACUACAUCCAGCGUGAUGCUGGAGGACAAGGGAAAGGGCGUGUUCUACUGCCAGUACACACCAACCAUGAUGGGAACUUACACCAUCGAGAUCACAUUUUCUGGUGCCAACAUUCCAGGAAGUGUCUUUGAAGUUAAAGUGGUCCCAGAAUUCAACCCUAAGAAUGCCUUUGCUUACGGAAGAGGCAUACAAAAUAAGGGCCUGCGUGCUAAGGAGAAGUGUGUGUUCUACGUGGACACCAAGAAGGCUGGAGAAGCUAAUUUGAAAGUGCAGAUUAUUGGACCUGGUGGAAUCGACGAGCCAGUGAAAGUAGUCGACAACGGCGACGGAACAUUCACGUGUUCCUACAGCCCUUUCAAGCCUGGACGUUACAUCGUUCACAUCAUCUACGGCAAGGAACAUAUCCCCAAAAGCCCCUUUACUGUCAACAUUAGUCCAGAGGCACAGGGACCGAUCACGAAUGUCCGUGCCUUUGGGCCUGGCUUGGAGAAGGGUGUGGCAGGAAAGCCCUGCACAUUCACCGUUGAAACCAAUGGUGCUGUUGGCGCCUUGGGUUUUGCCAUCGAAGGGCCAUCUGAAGCCGAGAUCAAAUGUGCUGAUAAUGGGGAUGGUUCCUGCGAGGUAACCUACUAUCCUACUGUGCCUGGAGAAUACGCCAUCCAUAUUACAUUUGAUGAGGAAGACAUUGAGCAUAGUCCAUACAUGGCUAAAAUUACCCCAGACCCCCUUGGGUUUGAUGCUGGCAAGGUCGUUGCUUCCGGACCUGGACUCAAGCCAGAUGGUCUUUUGAUUAACGAGAAGACGGAGUUCACUGUUGAUGCUCGUGCCCCCGGAUGCGGAAAAGCAGAACUUGAGAUUUUCAUAUUUGAUCAGCUUGGUAACAAAAUCCAACCAGAUAUUCGUGAUAACAAAAACGGCACAUGGACCGUUAGCUACACACCCACCGCCCCAUUGAAACACUCUGUCGCUGUGACUUGGGGGAAGGUGUCCGUUCCAAAGAGUCCAUUCAGAGUGACAAUUGGAGCUGGUCCUGGUGCUGUUAAAUUGUACGGCCCUGGUUUGGAAAGUGGAAACGUUAAAUCUAAGGAGCCUACAGAAUUCACUGUGGAUUGCACUGAAGCUGGCAAAGGACCGAUCCAAGUAAAAUGCACCUCUGCUCCAGGAGUGAACAGCAACUCUGAAACCCCAAUAAAAUGUGAUGUCACCGAUAACAAAGAUGGCACCUACACUGCUCGUUACACCCCACAGAAACCAGGCAACUAUGUUGUCGAGGUCAAGUUUAAGGGCAAGGAUGUGCCCCAGAGUCCAAUAACUGUUCAGGUUGUGCCAACCGUUGAUGUCAGUAAAAUUACUAUUGAUGGACUUCAAGAACCGAUUCAGGUAGGAAAAGAACACACAUUCUUCGUCAACACUGCCCCAGCUGGUCCAGGGGAUCUAGAGGGUGACAUAAAAAAUCCAUCAGGCAAGAAGUUGCCAAUAACUAUUACCCAAACACCUAAAGGCCACGCAGUCAAAUUCACACCAGAGGAGGAAGGCCAGCAUGUUGUAGGGCUUACCUAUGCAGAUGUCCCAUUAACAAGGCAGGCUUUCAUUGUCCAGCCUAAAACAGACCCUAGAAAGGUAAUUGCCAGAGGUAGAGGAUUGAAAGGUGGUCCUGUAAACGAGCCUACAGACUUCAGUAUUGAUACUAGAAAGGCAGGUAUUGGAGGCUUAAACUUGACAGUGGAAGGACCAACGGAAGCUGUGAUUGACUGUAAAGAUCACGGUGAUGGUACUUGCAAGGUGACGUACACACCAAAUUCUAUCGGACCAUAUAAGAUCAACGUACUAUUCGCUGACGAACACAUUCCAGGAUCGCCGUUUAAUGCAAAGGUGUAUGAUCCGUCAAAGGUUAAAGCAUAUGGCCCCGGCCUUGAACCGGCCAAGUCUUUUGCCACUUGCCCAUGCACUUUCAAAGUGGAUGCCCGUGAUGCUGGUGAACCACCAAUGAAAGCACAGCGUUUGUCGCCUGAUGAUGCAUCUUAUGGCCCAUUAAAUGGAGACGAUUUGGAAGUCAAUGAGCCCAUGGUUGGUGCAACUGAAAAAGGCCCGGGUGACUUUUCAGUCCAAUGGCCAAAAGAACCAUCUGCCGUUAAUGAAGAUCCGGUGAUGGCUGACAGAGUUCUGCCAGUAAGAUCUGCUCCAGGAUCUCAUGGACCAGAAAAUGGCAUCUUAGAUGAUCCAUUCAGUGACUUUCACAGGCCACAUUCCAAAGGUUCCGACACAACUGAUAAUGCUCCAGUGGCAGAGGAUGUCAUUGAAUCUACUCAAUUGAAGCCAAAAAAGUUUGGACAUCAAUGGGAUGACCUUGAUAAACCAGUUAAUGAGGAACCAGUCUCUUAUCAAGAAGGGAAGCCAACUCGUUCAAAAAAGCUUGGCCCGGUGGAUGACUUUCCUGUCAUUGAAGAGGCUUUGUCUGCUAGCCAUGUUCCUCCUGUUGAAUGCAGUGCUGUUGGACCUGAUGGUAAACCUCUUGAUGUUGAUGUCAAAGACAAUGGUGAUGGCACAUAUGAUGUCACAUAUUUCCCAACAGAAGAAGGUCCAAUUGAUCUGGAUGUCAAGUAUGGUGACCACUCAAUUCCAAACUUUCCACUCAGAUCAGAAGUUGGAGCACCACUAGAUGUCAGUGGGGUUGAGGUUUUCGGUUACGGCAUUGAACCGGAGGUGUUUGUAGGCUGUCCAACUGAUUUCACCGUGAAUGCUAAGGCUGUCGGGCCACAGGCCAAUCAGCUGAAAGACCUUAUUGACUGCACCCUGCAGUCACCCAGUGGAACUAAGGUGAAACCUGUCAUUACUGAUAACAAAGAUGGUACAUACAGAGCAGAAUAUACCCCAGUGGAAGAGGGUCCUCACAAACUUGAUGUAAAUGUUGCUGGAAAACCCGUUGGAAAAUCUCCAUACAAGGUCGGCUCCAAGAAAGGAUGUGAUCCUAAGAAGGUGAAAGCAUUCGGACCAGGUCUGGAGUCCGGAUUGACUGAUGCACCAGCUGUAUUCACGAUUGAAACAAAGGGAGCUGGUCAAGGCGGCCUAGGAAUUGCAAUCGAGGGGCCGUGUGAGGCAGAAAUGAAGUGUGUUGAUAACAACGAUGGCAGUUGCACAGUAGAGUAUAUGCCAACUAAACCAGGAGAGUAUGAUGUACAUGUCACCUUCGCUGAUACACCUAUCCCAGGAAGUCCAUUCAAGCCUGUUAUCAGGGAUGUCGUUGACCCCUCAAAGGUGCUUGUCAGUGGUCCAGGAGUGAACCCAGUUGGUGUACGUGCUAACGUCCCUGCACCGUUCCAAGUUGAUGCAACUAAAGCUGGUAAAGCACCUUUGGAAUGCACCAUCUUGCCAGAGAGAGCUCCUAAAGAGCAUGCUCAGGUCUAUGACAACGAAGAUGGAACCUUUGAUUGUAGCUACGUGCCCAAGAAUGAAGGUCGUAAAUGUGCAGUAGAAGUCAAGUAUGACGGAAAACAUGUCCCUGGAAGUCCCUUCAAUACCAGAGUCUUGCCGCAGUUUGAUGCUAGCAAAGUGAAGGUAUCCGGACCAGGUGUACAACCAUCAGGUGUGUUGGCUAGUUUACCUGUGGAAUUCUUAAUUGACACCAAAGAAGCAGGUGAAGCCCAGUUAGCCGUUUCAAUCAUUGAUGCUACUGGGAAACCAGUGAAGCCAACGAUUGUUGACAAUGGAGAUGGCACUUACACGGUGUCAUACACACCCAAGGAUAUCGGUCCUUACACCAUUCUCAUCACAUUUGGUGGUAACAAGGUGCCGGGCGCACCCUUCAGUGUUUCCGUGUCGCCAACCGGUGAUGCUUCCAAAUGUCAAAUAGUCGGUGUGCAAAGCGGUCCGUACGAGAUCCCAGUGCGACGACAAAGUGUAAGCUCUGAGAGCACGACAACUACACGCACUACUACCACACGAACUACAACUACAAGAGAAACAAUUACUAAGACCGUGGUAGUUGAGGAGGAGACAGUCAUAAAAAUCAAUUCCCAAGAUGCUGGCCAGGGCAUGGUCACUUGCGCUAUCAUGGGUCCAGAUGGCGUGGAGAUUGAAGAUGUUCAAGUUAUCGAUAACGGAGAUGGAACAUUUGACAUCGUCUGGACUUGUCCUGUAAGUGGUCGAUACAACUUGGACAUGAAAUUUGGCGGUAUGCCAAUCACUGGUGGUCCAAUCUCAAUUGGGGCCGGUGAAGGUCCACCAGAAGAAGAGAUCAUACCAUUCGAAGUACAAGGUGUUGAAUCUGCUGCAAUGCCCCAGGAAUGUCGUCCAUUUGACCUGGUCCUUCCGCUCGGCGGAAUUGGUCAAGGCAGAGUACAUGGUGAGGUAACAACACCAACCGGCAAGAAGCACAAGCCACAGAUUACAGAGAACAAAGAUGGAACCAUUACUGUUAAAUAUGCACCAACAGAGACAGGUCUCCACCAUCUUAAUGUCAUGUAUAACAACCAGUGUAUCCCAGGAAGUCCAUUCCAAUUCCAUGUAGAUGAAAUCAAGAGUGGUCAAGCCACAGCUUAUGGUCCUGGCCUUACCCAUGGCAUCUGUGAACAACCAUGUCAUUUCAUAAUUAACACCAAGGAUGCCGGACCAGGUGGUGUUGCACUAGCAGUUGAAGGUCCGUCAAAGGCUGAAAUCAAAUGUAAAGACAACAAAGAUGGAACGUGUGAUGUCACAUACUACCCUCUUAAACCUGGCGAUUAUGCCCUCACUGUCAAAUUCGCCGACAAGCAUGUUCCAGGAAGUCCAUUCACAGCUAAAAUUGUUGAUAAGACAGGUGCACCGAUGUGUGUAGGUGCUUGCAGUGAUAUACCUCUGAAGAUCAAUGAGACGGAUCUUAGCCUUCUCACUGCCAGCAUCAAGAUGCCAUCAGGUUGUGAGGAAAAUUGCCAACUGAAGAGACUGCCAAAUCAGAACAUUGGCAUCACUUUCACUCCAAGAGAAGUUGGAGAACACGCCGUGAGUGUGAAGAAGUUUGGCCGUCACAUCACCAACAGUCCUUUCAAGAUCAUUGUUGGAUCGCAAGAGGUUGGCGAUGCUUCUAAAGUCAAGGUAUCUGGUCUUGGAAUUGCAGAAGGAGAUGCAGGAGAGAUCGCAGAGUUCAAAGUUGAUACAUCAAAGGCUGGCUUUGGUGGUCUUGGAGUAUCAAUUGAAGGUCCAAGCAAGACAGAGAUUAACUGUGAAGACAAUGGAGAUGGAACCUGCAUUGUCACCUACAAGCCCCAAGAGCCCGGCAACUAUAUCUUGAAUGUGAAGUAUGCAGAUCAGCAUGUACCAGGAAGUCCAUUUAAGGUUAAAGUUCAUGGAAAAGAUGGUGAAAUGGUUACAGAAACACUUGUGAGACCUAGACUUGCAUCCCCAGUCUCACAUAUUGGAAACAAAUGCGACCUAGGCCUAAAGGUUCCAGGAUCUGACCCAUUGGAUAUGACAGCACAUGUUACAAAUCCUGAAGGAAAAACUGAUGAUGCAGAAAUCAUUGAUGGAUCUGACUGUCGCUACACAGUUCGUUUUGUACCAGAAAUGAUGGGAGUGCACACCAUUAGCGUCAAACAUAAAGGAAUGCAUAUUCCAGGGAGUCCCUUCCAAUUUACUGUUGGUCCAUUCGGUGAAGGUGGAGCCCAUAAGGUCCAUGCUGGUGGUCUAGGCUUAGAACGUGGAGAAGUGAACACGCCCGCUGAAUUCACUGUAUGGACACGAGAGGCUGGGCCAGGAUCAUUAGGAAUAGCUGUAGAGGGCCCUGCAAAGGCUGAAAUCAACUUUACAGACAACAAAGAUGGUUCCUGUCAAGUAGCCUAUGUGCCAACAGAGCAAGGUGAAUAUGUAAUUAAGAUAACAUACAACGAUGAACCAAUUCCAGAUAGUCCUUUCAGACCAUUUAUCCAACCAUCACUUGGUGAGGCCAGAAGGGUCAGUGUUACAAGCUUACAGGAGACCGGAUUGAAAGCUAAUCAGCCAGCAUCUUUUGCGAUCCAACUGAAUGGAGCAAAGGGUGAAAUAACUGCGAAGGUUGUCUCCCCUACCGGAACAGAAGAAGAAUGCCUCAUCACCGAGAUUGAUCGAGAUAAUUUUGCUGUCAGGUUCUUGCCUCACGAAAAUGGUAUUCACAUGAUCCAUGUUAACUUCCGUGAACAGCCAAUUGCCGGAAGUCCAUUCCGUGUUCGUGUGGGCACUCAGGCAGAAGUAGGUGAUCCUGGAAUGGUUCAUGCAUCUGGUGAUGGUCUUGAAAAGGGAAAAACAGGUCAGCCCUGUGAGUUUGUGGUGAACACGUGUGGAGCCGGUACCGGCGUUCUCUCAAUCUCUGUUGACGGUCCAUCCAAGGUCAAAAUGGAUGUCACUGAAGUACCAGAGGGUUACAAAUGUUCCUAUGUCCCGACUGCUCCGGGCGAUUACCUGAUUUCUAUCAAAUUUGCGGGGGCGCACCAUAUUGUUGGUAGUCCAUACAAGGCUAGGAUUACAGGGCCAGCAAAAACACCCGUCCUUCGAACACAUGAAACAUCAAAUGUUAUCAUUGAAACGGUUACCAAGACGCAAACCUCGCAGAUGCUUAGCAGUUUGCCGCAUUUCCACUCAAAUGCAUCAAAGGUUACGUCAACAGGAAUGGGUCUGAAGAAAGCAUUCCGAAACAAGAGGAGUCAGUUCACAGUAAAUGCAGCAGAUGCAGGUCACAACAUGCUAAUGGUAGGUAUUGCAGGACCGAAGACACCAUGCGAAGAAAUUCUGGUUAAGCAUAAUGGACGCAAUCGCUUCAUUGUAAACUACACUCUCAAAGAUAUAGGCGAAUAUAUGUUGGUUGUGAAAUGGGGCGAUGAACACAUACCUGGUAGCCCCUUCCAUAUCAAGUGCAGUGUCUAAAUAUAAUUACCAAAAAAUAUAGUCUAGAAUUGUUCUAAUUGGUUGAAAACCAUAUGAACUCAGUAGUCACCAUGACGAUAGAAGAACAUGUGUAAACAAAAUAUACAUGUCAUAGACACGUUUGAUUUCACUACUGGCAGUGGUUUUUAAGACCGUCUACUGUUUCUACAUUUUUUUAUAGCUUUAUUUAAAUGAAAAAUACGGUGUUUUUUCUCCCUCUAUGAUAAUGUGUUAGUGAAAAGCAGUGGAUAUUAUUGCUUAAUGUAUAAUUUCUUUGUUAUUAUUUGCUUCUUGUUAAUAUCUUGCUUGUUUAUCAACAUUUAUUUAUCCAUGUUUAUUAUCUACUUGGAUUCUUAUAUGAUUGAUAAAAUUUUGGUAGCUUUAUAAUUCUAAAAUAUAUAUUGUUAAUGUAAUUGUAAUAAAUGUUCUAUCUUUUGGCCUUGAUUGGGGAAAGUAUAUUUAAACUUCCUCGUUAGCUUAGAAUGCCUGAACACAAGGUGUGUGCAAUUAGCUAUAACAUAGAAAUAGUUUAUUUAAAUACAAAUACAACAUUUUUUCAUGAAUAUCGACUAUUCAAAAUAAACCGUUUGAUGUAGUCUUGUAAUUGAUGUGCGAAUUGUAGCUUAAUUAGUAAGAGAAAAAUUGUAAUCUACGCUAAAUCAUGUUUGGAUGGUAGAGUAAUCAAUUAAAAGGGCGUUAAACACAUUUUUACAAAAUAAAUGUCUUCCAUUCAAAACAGAAGUGCUCUUAAAACUUUGAUUAAGAGUUGUCACUAUUUUACAGGACUACACCUGUUAAAACCAAUAUGCAAGUGACUUGCAGAAUACUAGUUGUGAAUUAACAUAUUGAUAUGGUUGAGUGAAUCUAUGUGUAGUAAUUCAAAGUAAUAAUUAAUUAUAUUAUUACUAAAUUUUGUUAAAUUCAAGUCUGGUAUAAAUAUAUUUUCAGUUUUUUUGUUUUUCCUUCAUUCAAUUCUAGUCAUAAAAAUUAACCCAACUGUGUAUUCAGCAGAAUAAUAAUGGAUGGUACUUACACAUUUUGAAUAUCUUUGUAUACAGUAGUAGUGUAUUAUCCAUAAACAUAAAUUGCAAUCUUUCUAUAUGUAUUCAUGUGUUACUCAUACAGUAUAUCAUUUUUUUUUACAAAAUAUAUUGCGAUUAUUUAUAUUGUUAUACUAAAUUGUUGGUAAGAUAUAUGGUUAAUUCGUGUAUAACUUAACAUUGUUCUUUUUUAAUUAAGGCAGUAUAACAACUAACAAGUAAUCAUGUAUUUAGGUUAUAAAUUAGAAUGGAUCUCUGUCAAAAGUUUAGAUUUGUGCUAGAUAAUUUCUUAUUACCUGCAUAACUAAAUCAAGUAUUUGCAAACUAUGUCUUGAAUAAAGAAGCUAAUUUUGCACUGAUGAAUUUA